AUGGCAGACGACGCGAAUGCGACGAAAGCUCCAGAGAGUGAUGCUCACGAGCCGAGUGUCAUCUCGCAAGAUGACACGCCUGCUCAGACAGGCGCGAGUAUGGGCGAGCUGUCCAAGAUCUCGGACAUUGAUGUGUACAUCGCAAAGCCUAGCGACUACCCCCACCUACCAUCAAAAUUGCUACUAUACCUAAGCAGUGGCACUGGCAUACAUUCAAAGAACAACCAGCUUCAAGCGGACAAAUAUGCUAGCAAGGGAUUCUUGGUGGUGAUGCCAGACCACUCCGCCACAGAUGAAAAUGGCUCCAUCAUCGAGAAAGUGAAAAUGGGACUUGCUACAACCGCCAAAUCCUUCGUACUAGACAUGUGGCUCGCUCGGCAAACACCGGAAAAGGUGCUCCCAGUCAUACAUAAGGUCAUCGAUGGAGCGAAAGAAGAGUUCGCUGAUGCAGUCGCUAAUGGCGGUGGGAUCUAUGCGGUUGGUUACUGCUUUGGUGGGAAAUACGUCUGCAUAUUGGGCUCAGAAUUACCCGAUACAGUGGCACAUGGACAAGCGAUUAAAGAUGAAGAGCAAGGGAUUGUGAAGACGGGGCCACUGAUAAAGUGUGGAGCUCUCGCCCAUGGCACGUUGAUUACGAAGGAAGAUUUAGAGGCUAUCAAGGCACCAAUUUCAUUUGUCGCUGUCGAAAAUGAUCAGCUGUUCCCAGAUGACAUACGGACAGCUGGUAAGGAACGUCUGGAGAAGGAUAAGGUUGAACAUGAAAUGAAGGUGUACUCGGAUGUCCCGCAUGGAUUUGCUACUGUGGGGGAGUAUGAGGAUCCAAAGAUACAAGAAGCUCAGAAAGCGGCUUUUGAGCAAAUGACAGCGUGGUUGCAGGCACACUGA